CUCUUCCUUUCCCAUGCAACUCACACUCACUCGAGAAUCGCCCACGAAUAGUGUCUACCGGGACCAAGAUGGGAGGCCCAUCUAUCGGGUGGAAACACCGCCCAAAUCGGUGGGCAUGACCAGCACGAUCACGCGCUUUGUGUCCAACUCCAGUAGUUCGCACGAUGAAUCCAUGACCCCCGCUCGCAGUGACACCGAAUCAGAAACGGACAUUCAUCUUAUGCGAUUGGAGGAGGAGGGAGUUGCGCAGAUUCUCUGGCGUACGUUCUCGGGGACCUCGUUCAAAUUUGGCGAACGCACCGUCUUGGCGGGGACAUACCUCCCCCGAAUGGGUUCUCUUGGAUGGAAACGCAGGCAUAGAACCUUCACUGCCUCGGACGGCCGUUCAUAUAAGUGGAGGUUGGGAAAUAAUACCUCUUCCGUGAGCCAUGACUUCACCCGACGACGAAUCCUGGGAGCUGAGCGAACUUGGCAGUUGACGCUCAAUGAUGAAAGGAAGAUUGCAGUUGCCCGUUUCCAUCAACGCUCAUAUGGCGUCGUUGGGAAGAGCCACAAGGCAUCUCUCGAGAUCUAUCCGCAAGGCGAAGCUAUCGUCGAUGAGAUUCUCACCACAUUCGUAUACGUCGAGACGCGGAGAAAGCAGGAAAACGGGGAGGCGAUGGUGAUAUGACCAGUCAGAGUUGACAAGGAGCUGUAUUAUUGGUAUCUGCCGUUUAAGAAUAUGCUCAGUCUGUAAAUUACCACUCAGUGCGUCUCUUUCCCCGUCUUGCU